AUGUUUUGUUGGAAAACAAAUGUGCAUUCAUUUCCCUUUUCCGCCGGUACGUUGGAGGCUUUUGCGGCAAAAAUAAAUGGUUGGGUGCCCCACCUAAGCUUAGGAGACCUUCGAGAGGUGAUCAUCUUUUAUAUAGAAACAAGAUUCAUUCCAAUUCUUAAUUCCUCCAAAAAGAACAAGAAACUCAGUACCAGUUUGAUGGCAGCAGCCGCCGCCGAAGCAAGGGCAGUUUGGCAACGUACGGCGAAUCGAUAUUUCGUCCAGGAAGAUGCAAAAAGAGCCCCUAAAUUAGCAUGUCGUCCUUCAACUUCAUCUUCAUCUUCAUCGUCUAAACAAGCUGAAAUAAAACCAGCUAAUAACACUACUACAGAUCGCAAUGAAAGAUUCCUUCUUCCCAACGAAAAAUCUCUGUAUUCCGACCUCUCACCGGAUUCCAGAUGGUGGCUUCAAUUGCAGACUGAUUAUAUAUACCAAAGGGGUUUGACCAAUUCUCAUCAAUUCGUCGAAAAUCAAGAUGGUAGUAGUAGUAGUAGUAGUAGUAUCAAUUCUCUCUCGAACGAAUCUUUCGAGUUAGUGGACAUUAACAAGGACUCAAAGUUGCAGCACUGGGUUGGGAUUGAGAAGAACGGCGAGGUAUCGCUUCCAUGGUGGCAGAUCGUCGGAAAAGAUGAUUCGGGUUCAGUUGUUUCAAAAAGAUCACAUUCGCACGAUUGUAUCGAGAAUCGUCAUCUUCCGGGAUUAAAGCCAGAAAAGAUGAUCAAAGAAAAACCAAAUCCUGUGAGUGAUUCAAACAGGGGAAUUAUAUUGGAAGCUCUGAGACAUUCUCAAACGCGAGCAAGAGAAGCAGAAAACGCAGCGAAGGAAGCGUACGCGGAGAAAGAGGAUUUGGUGAAGGUCGUUUUGAGACAGGCAUCGGAGUUGCUUGCUUGCAGACAAUGGAUUCGUCUUCUGCAACUUGAAAAUCUUUAUUACCAAAUCAAGAACAAGAAGAUGAAUGAUCCGAAGUUGUCUGUUUGUCCUUCCAAAAAUGGGAAAUUACAGAAGAAGAAGAUGAAGAAGGGGAAGAGACGAAGCAGACGAUAUGAAGAUGAUUUAGGGACAUAUGCGGUUAUUUUUGCGAUGGGAUUAGGGCUCGUUGGUGCAGGUGCGUCGUCUCCAGUUGAGUGGUCGGAGGAAGAAAGCAGCCUUCGAGCAGCAGAUUGGGAUUGGGAGGAACGAUGUCGCUACCUUUUUUUCUUUGUGGAGGUUGUCACAAAGCACAGGGUAAAAUCGGAAAUGAAAAGCCAACUCACGUUUUUGUCCUACUCCAUCGAUUGA